AACUUCACUUCCUCCUAUCCCACCCUGCCAUCUGUUUGUUCUCAGUUUUACGGAGAGACAUUCCGCGUUCAAUCUUCCUACCCAUCAUUCUGUUCAGAGAAGCCCAUCGAUAUCCCUGCAGAGUCAACUCCCUCUCGAUUUCUCUCUCACUUCUACAGAAUAACCCAAUAACGUCGUCCCAAGCCAUGGAGAAGUCCUCCUCAUCAGAAGGGUCUGGUGCCUUUACUCCGACAUCCUCGGCAGCAACUCUACCGACGGAUCUGAAGAAGGUCAAGACACUAUUUGGAAAGUGUACGGUCCAGGGAUUACACAAAGGCUACAUGUGUACCUGUCAGAUGGGCACCAACGAGGCCUCUGUGUCUGCUAUUGAUCAGGAAGCCUCAUGCACCGAAUGCCAUCACUCACUCAGCAAGCACCUGGAAUACACCGAAAUCAAGCAACAACACCCUAUGCCAGCAUUAGCACCACAGCCGGACAUACACAAAGGAUCUGAGAUCUGUGCGCGAACUGAGACAUUGCUUGGAAUCGCACAAGAGCUUGACACAAAACAUGUCGUCUUUGUACAAGGCACACCUGUGUCAGGCAAGACGACCCUCGCGCUUUUGCUCCGGGACUUCCUUCGCCAGACGCGCAAGGUCAUCUUUGUGAAAGGCUGGAAGAAGAACGGUAGCUCGUUGCCUGCCGUGGAAUACCUAGUCCAAGCAGCCUACGAGCAGGGCCUUUGUAAGGACGAAGUGCACGCCGACCUUCAGAGCGAUCAUAACAGCGGGCUGGUUUUCAUCUUGGAUGACGCACACGAGACCUACGGUGACUUCGACUUUUGGUCCGAGAUUGUAGAUGCCCGAUUCGGCAAGGAACAUGGCCCUCGUUUCUGUUUGUUCUUCUCGCACGAGUCUUUGAGGACUGGGCCCCUCGAGGCGCGCUUCAGCAGACGUCAGCCGCCCUUCAAACCAUCGCGAACAGUCACCCUUCUGCCGUACUGGCCGAGCUCCAUGUCCUCUGUCUUCUACACCCAAUCCGAGCUGCAAGAUGUGGUCAAGAGGUACAGUGCUACGAACGGCUGCCCUGAACUGUCCCAAAACGGGCGGGAGUGUUUGAUGUUGCUGACAGACGGACACCCUGGAAUGGUCGCUGCUCUGCUGGCAUAUAUAUGCCAGAACGCUGGAAGAGGUUUCCAACAAUACAUCUACAAAGAUAUGUUGUCGCUCCCUACCGACGAGUUCCGCGAGUUCCUGAGCAGCAACGACGCCCUCGAAUUCAUCCGAUACCAGCCCGCCGGGAAAAGCCUACCAUCGAAGUACAUGACCAACGGGAUCUUGACCCAAGCCAUGAUCGACAUCCUGCUCCGGGUUCUUCGCCAAGGCAACAUCCGUUUCAACCACAAGGACAAAGACCUGAGGAUUUGCGUCAAGUUCGGAUUCCUGUAUACCUUCCUCGAUUUCGCCGACAAGGUCUACUGCGUUCUCCCCUCCAACCUCCAUGCCCGCUUCCUCGAAUACGAACACACCGGCGGCGACCAAAUUAGCUUCCAAGGCAUCGGCGGCGGCCCGGAGAUCCGCGAAUUCUGCAUCCGCGUCCUGCAGUCCCUGUCCCGGGAGUCCCUGCAGGACACCUUCGCCAGCCGCCGGGGCCCCGCGGGCCGCGUCCGGGCCCGGGCCGAUCUGUUCCAGGACGAGUUCUACCGGUGCUGCUGGAGCCAGAACAUCUUCGGCGGCGCGGUCACCCGCGACUGGACGCGCACCACGGGCGCGCGCACGGCGGUCGAGAUCUCGGCGGUGGGCUGGCGCAUCGAGCUGCUGCAUGGGUACGCCGCGUGUUUUGACCUGCGCGCCAUCGCGCGGCAGUGUGGGGGGAUGGUGGAGCGCGGCAAGAUUCGGCAUUGGGUCGUGCUGUUCUGUGCCGGGGAGCAGGGGAAGGUGCAAGGGAGUUGUGAGAAUUUGCUGCAUGUGGUGUUCAAGAAUGGCUUCGCCAAGUUCACGGUCAAGUCGUCGAGGGGUCUUCUGGAGUUCAGUCUGGGGCAGCUUUGAGGGUGUUGAGGGUUGUUUGGAUGGAAGUCGCUUGUUGCUUGAAGAUCGAAGAUCGCUGGGGCUGGGGCUAGUAUGCGAUGACGGGUAUAAGCUUCGUGGGUACGGUUGGAAUGGCUAAAUGAGCGGGAAGUGUAAGUUUAGCGUGAAGGAACAUCUAGGCCGAAUCGAUCUUUGCAGGAACCUGAAUUGAUG